UCUGUGUCAGUAUGUUCAACACUUAUUUUGAGAACCUCUUCGGAUAAUUUCUUACUUUCGUGGAUUGGCACGUGAAAGGAACUUGUAACUACUGAUGGUAUUGAAGGAGUUUCUGUGGCUGGAAAAGUCUAAAAGAAAAGGACUUAGUGCCGAAGAGAAAAGACAAAGAAUGCUUCAGUUAUUUUAUGAAAGAAAAGAAGUUUUUCAGUUGAAAGAAUUAGAAAAAAUUGCACCCAAAGAAAAAGGGAUUGUUUCACAGUCAGUCAAAGAUGUGGUGCAGAGCCUUGUCGACGAUGGUCUCGUUGAUACGGAUAAAAUUGGAACCAGUGUGUAUUUUUGGUCAUUUCCUAGUAAAGCUACUAAUAGUAGAAAAAGAAAACUUCAAGAUUUGGAAACACAAAUAGAGGAAAGUAAAAAGCAGUUGAGUGGUUUAUCAGAGCAAUUGAACAAAGCACAAGUUGGAAAAGAAGAAACGAAUGAAAGAAUUGAAUUACUGAAAGAACUUGAAUCAAUGGAGAAAGAAAGAGACAAAUUAAAGUCUGAUUUGAAAAAAUAUCAGGAUUGUGAUCCAAAGAUGCUAGAGUCAAUGAAAAACCAAACAGCGGUUGCCAAAGAAGCAGCAAAUCGCUGGACUGAUAACAUAUAUGCUCUGAAAUCUUGGUGCAAAAAGAAAUUCUUUAUUGAAGAAUCUGUUAUAAACAAACAGUUCUCCAUACCAGAAGAUAUAGAUUAUUUGAACUAAGUUUUUCUUUAAUAAAUUAUCAACAUCAUUUAAAAUUUAUAUUUUUUGUUAAAAAGUUUAAUA